AUGGACGACUCAAAUUAUUUUUCUCGGUUCCCAAGUUUCCAAACUGCGAACUCGGCUUUAGCAAUUGCUGAGUUUGAUCGCCUAGCAUGUCAAAUGAACUGGAGACAAGGUUCGAAAAAAUACAAUAGAGAGCGUGCGAGAUUUCUUGCAUCUCAAUUUGAUGCUCACUUCGGUACCGACGCGACAAAGCUAGAGAACUGGCAGGCACUUUGCGCCGAAGUGAAGACCCAGAGUCCAACCAAGAGUAUUUCUCAGUGCCGAAAGGCUCUUGCGAAGACUCAUGUCAAUCUAGUCGACUUGGUUGAUUCCCGAAGAACCGGAAAGAAUGUCAAGCAUUUUCCUAGCCCUAAGGCAUUGAGAGAGUACACUCUCAACACUAGGAAAAUAUUCCCAAAGUCUGCAGCAAAGAAAGAUGGUUUUCUAAAGGCCUUGCUUCGAGUGAUUUUCUAG